AUGGAACAUGAACAAAAUACUGAAGCUACUAUUCCAGUUCAAGAAUCAUUUCAAAGACAGUCAGAUACCGAGGAGGAUAUUGAGGAAAGCAGCGAUACAGAGACUUAUACUUCUUCUUCACAACUAAAUGAUGCCGAUACAACAUUUGUACAAAGUGAGUAUGAGGAGUGUGAAGAUGAGACGGUUUUGAAAGACAGAUCUUCCAAACCUGUUAGAGAGACAAAGAAGCCAGAUCGGUAUGGGUACUCGAACAUGUGUAUCACUGAAGAAAUCCUAGAUGAUGCCAGUGGAGAGUGUGAGUUUAGAAGAAGUUUUGAAAGGACCUAA